AUGGUACCCAAGCGCGGGUUUUUUUUUUUCGCGUGGACCGCGUCCCCGCGCGGCCGCAGCCCUCGGGGACGCGGCGGCAGCGGUCCCGGCCGCGCCCGGCGGGGGGGCCGCGCAUAUUUAGCCGCCGCCGCCCAACAGCCCGGCGUUUUGGGCAGCUCAUUUAGCCCGGCGCGUUCGGCAGCCCGCCCGUCCGCGCCCGAUCCGCGCCCGCAGCGCCGUCCGCCCGCCACGAUGGCGCCUGGCAAAAAGAGUUCGAAGAAGUUCGAGCUCACGGAGGAGCAAAAGCAGGAGAUUCGCGAGGCGUUCGACCUCUUCGACACGGACGGCUCGGGCACCAUCGACGCCAAGGAGCUGAAGGUGGCGAUGCGCGCGCUGGGCUUCGAGCCGAAGAAGGAGGAGAUCAAGAAGAUGAUCUCGGACAUCGACAAGGACGGGUCCGGCACGAUCGACUUCUCGGAGUUCCUCGAGAUGAUGACGGCGAAGAUGAGCGAGAAGGACAGCCGCGAGGAGAUCCUGAAGGCCUUCCGGCUCUUCGACGACGACGAGACGGGCAAGAUCUCGUUCCGGAACCUGAAGCGCGUCGCGAAGGAGCUCGGCGAGAACAUGACGGACGAGGAGCUCCAGGAGAUGAUCGACGAGGCGGAUAGGGACGGCGACGGCGAAAUCAACGAGGACGAGUUUCUGCGCAUCAUGCGCCCGCCGGCGCGCAAAUCAAAUUUCGCGGCGCCUCGUAGUCUCCGUGCGUCUUUCCACGGCGCACUGACUCGUCGCGUCGACCUGCACGCCAUCGACGCGACGUCCGCUCGAUGGCGCGGCACCCAGCUCACCGCUUUGCACACAGGAAGAAGACCUCGCUCUACUGAGUGCCUCCGGCUAGGACCGUCCCGUAAGUUGCUAUCGAGAAUUUCCCCGGUAAGUCAUCAUUCGAGCACAGAUGCAUAC